UUGGAGAACAAGUGAUGCUGUAAACGUUCCAUUUCACCGGAGACGACGAUCGAUUCCGAUUGUUUCAUUUUCCCCAAAACCCUAAAUACUCACUCCGUAUGGCUAUGGAUAUCGACUUCUCUGAGUACCGAUUACGCUGUCAGCUUCGAGGUCAUGACGACGACGUCCGUGGCAUAUGUGUAUGCGACAACAUUGGGAUAGCAACUUCAUCAAGAGACCGAACCAUUAGGUUCUGGUCUUUGGAUCAGACUAACAAUUCUGCAUACACUUCAUCAAAGAUACUACUUGGGCAUACUAGUUUUGUUGGACCACUGGCUUGGGUUUCUCCAAAUGAACAAUUUUCAGAAGGUGCCCUUAUAUCUGGUGGAAUGGACACACUUGUUUUGGUUUGGGAUUUGGCAACCGGAGAGAAAGUUCAGACUCUGAAGGGUCAUAAGAUGCAGGUUACUGGAAUCACUUUGGAUGGUUCCGACAUCGUAUCAUCUUCCGUCGAUUGUACGUUAAGACGUUGGAAGGGAGAGCAUCAAAUUGAGGUGUGGGAAGCGCACAAGGCACCGAUCCAAGCAGUAAGGACAUUACCUUCAGGAGAGCUUAUUACAGGUUCAAGUGACACCACCAUAAAGCUUUGGAAGGGAAGCAAAUGUGCACAUACCUUUGCUGGGCAUACGGAUACAGUGAGAGGUUUAGCCAUAAUGCCUGGUUUGGGAAUACUUUCUGCAUCACAUGAUGGUUCAAUCAGGUUAUGGGCACUUACUGGUCAAGUUUUAAUGGAGAUGGUUGGUCAUACAUCUAUUGUUUAUUCUGUUGAUGCACACAAAUCAGGGCUUGUUAUCAGUGGCAGUGAAGAUGGAUCAGCUAAGAUAUGGAAAGAUGGAGUUUGUGUUCAAAGCAUAGAGCAUCCGGGUUGUGUUUGGGAUGUCAAAUUCUUGGAAAAUGGUGAUAUUGUGACUGCAUGUUCAGAUGGUGUGGCACGUGUUUGGACUGUACAUCAGGAUAAGAUAGCUGACACUGCUGAACUUGAGGCAUAUACCUCUCUAAUUUCACAACACAAGCUCAGCAGUAAGAGAGUUGGAGGCUUGAAAUUGGAGGAAUUACCUGGUCUAGAGGCUUUGCAGGUUCCAGGAACCAAAGAUGGGCAGACGAUGGUUGUACGAGAAGGAGACAAUGGUGUUGCAUAUGCAUGGAAUAUGAAGGAACAAAUGUGGGAUAAGAUCGGGGAAGUGGUUGAUGGGCCUGACAGUGGGAUGAAACGCUCUGUUCUUAAUGGAGUACAAUAUGAUUAUGUGUUUGAUGUUGAUAUUGGAGAUGGUGAACCUAUUCGCAAAUUGCCAUAUAAUAGAUCAGAUAAUGCAUAUGACACAGCUGAUAAAUGGCUUCUCGAGGAGAAUCUGCCUCUUUCCUAUCGUCAACAAGUAGUAGAGUUUAUAUUACAAAAUUCAGGACAAAAGGAUUUCAUCCUUGACUCAUCAUUCCGUGAUCCUUACACUGGCUCAAGUGCUUAUGUACCAGGACAACCUUCCAAGUCUGCCACAUCAACCAAACCAACAUUCAAACAUAUACCCAAGAAAGGAAUGCUUGUUUUUGAUGCAGCUCAGUUUGAUGGAAUCCUAAAAAAGAUUACCGAAUUCAAUAAUGCUUUACGGACUGACCCAGACCAGCAGAGCUUGUUGCUCAGUGAGGCUGAGAUGUUGAGAUUGAAUGCCAUAGCUAAAAUAUUGAAGGACACGUCACAUUACCAUACUAGUAGAUUUUCAGAUGAAGACAUCAGUUUAUUGUUAAAAUUGCUGAAAUCAUGGCCGGUUUCAAUGAUGUUUCCAGUUAUUGACGUAUUAAGGAUGGUAAUUCUGCAUCCGGACGGGUCAGCUGUUCUCAAGCAUGCUAAUGACGAAAAUGAUAUAUUCAUGGAGUUGAUUCAGAAGGUUACAAGUAGUGCUCUUGCACCAAAUUUUCUUACCAGUAUCCGUGCGGUAGUAAACCUUUUUAAGAACUCAGGCUACCAUCUCUGGUUGCAAAACCGUCGCGUUCAGAUUUUUGAUGCAUUCGCAAGCUGUUAUUCAUCGACAAAUAAGAAUGUCCAAGUAUCGUAUUCUACAUUGGUACUCAAUUAUGCUGUGCUGUUGAUUGAAAAGAAGGACGAAGAAGGUCAAGCCCAUGUUCUUUCAGCAGCUCUAGAGAUAGCGGAAGGCGAAAGUUUGGAAGUUGAUGCAAAGUUCCGAGCUUUAGUUGCUAUUGGCUCACUGAUGCUCGAGGGUCUUGUGAAGAAAAUAGCGUUGGACUUUGAUGUUGGCAGCAUUGCCAAAGUAGCAAAAGCAUCUAAAGACUCUAAAGUCGCUGAAAUUGGAGCUGACAUCGAGACUCUGAUACAGCAGACUUGAUUCUCCCAAAAACCAUGAUAGGAAUCGCUAGCAGCUGCAAGGAGUUUGAUUCUAUCAAUACGUGUAGUCAAGAAAACUGACGAGAAUCGCCAGGAAAAACUGUAAAGGUACUGAAACCUCGAGGAAUUAGGGUUUUUUGUGGGAUUAAAAGAACAAUGUACGGAUUUAUAUUUUACCAGACCUGCACCGUUUGAAAGUAUUUCGUACUUUUGCAGAUGAUAGGAAUCACCUUGUAUUUUGGGUGCUGAUGUUGAUUUCAUUCUUACACUUGCAUGUUCAAGCUUGUUUUGCUGUUCCUAAGUACUGCUUGUAUACAAUUUAACGAGUUUUAACACGUUUUAAGUAAGCUUAUUCAUUUAGUCAUA